AGUUCAUCGUAAUUUGAUGAUUACUGGUCGAUGGCAUGGCUUGGGAUAAUUUACAUUUGAUCUUUUUAUUUACUUUAGUCAUUUAACUUUCUUUUGAUUUUAUGAUUUCUUUGGUUUCAUUAGUUCAGUCAAACAGUUUUUCUUUUACUUCAUUACACAACUUUAUUGCAGCAUUUAGUUAAAUUAAGUUUGGUCCACAAACGUAGUUAAAUUGAUGAUGUUUUCUUUUAAUUUCGUACUUUUAUCUGAAUUAGCAGCUGUGGCCGUUGUUCUACUGGUAACGUAGUGUAACAGUAGCACCAAUAAAUCAGAAAGGGGGGAAUUUAAAUCUGUUUUUAUAGACACAUUAGCAGAGACUGACGAGACCCGAUUAAAGUCUUCAUUCAGAGUCUUUUGGGUUUCACUUUGCGUUUUGGAUGAACUGAUUCAUGGCGAUGAAGCGUCUGAGCGGCCUGAUGCUGAGGAAGUGGAAGGAGAAGGAGAGAUGGACAGGGAGGAGGAGGAGUGAGCCAUAUGGAGGAGGAGAGGAAGACGAGGAGGAGGAGGAGGAGGAGAGGCAGAUGGACAGGAGUGACAGACAGACACACAGACUUAUGCUGAGGAGGAAGUCUGAGCCCUUUGGACAGACGGAGGGUGCUGGAAAGAUGGAGAAGAAGAGCGAGAGCAGCAGGAAGAAAGAGCGCAGGAGGUCUGAAUCCAACAUGGAAGACGAGGAAAGGAGAGACGGGAAGAGGACAGAGACAAGCAGAGGGAAGGAAAGGAGGAAGUCUGCCUCAUGGAUGAUGGUGGAGGACAAAGCAGGAGGACAGGUGGACAGGAGGCUGAAGGAGGCGGACAGACGGACUCUGCGGCGGCGGUCAGAGCCUUGUGGGGUCCUCCACGUCCAACUGCUUCCUCUGUCCAACAGGAAGAGGAGGGAGCUGCUGCAGAGACGGAUGGGGCGCAGGACGUCCUGCGGCGAGGAGGAGGACGGACAGACGGACAGGAGACAGGGAGACGAGUUCAAACAGAUGACCAGAGGGAGGUCAGAACCCGUCGGCCCUCUGGACAAGACCUACAGCCUCUCCUCUCCUCCUCCUCCUCCUCCCCCUCGUCAGGAGGAGCUGAGUUGUUUCCGUCUGGAGACGUACCUGACGGAGCCGAGGCGUCCGGAGACCAGGAGGCUGCGCUCCUUCUCCUCCCCUCCCGACACCGGACAGCACUGCUCCUCCUCCUCCUCCUCCUCCUCCUCCUGCUUCCAGCUGCCUCCUCUGGCUCCGCCUCUUCCUGUCGGGAGGCUGGUGAGAGUGGGCGUGGCCACCGAGACACACGGACAAUCUGUCCACACAGCGUCAGAACAGCGUCAGAGAGUCAGCUGA